GAUAUGUGUCUCUAAGGCAGCUGCCAUUGUCAGGCACAUUCAUAUCCUCUUAGUUGUUUUACUGCUGGCUUUAUUGGCCUGAUGCUCAACAAGACACCCAUAAGCAAUUUGUAUUGGAAGUAACUACUUAGUUUUUAGACUCAUUAUUUAUCAAUGGUGGAUUGCUCACUCGUAUGCAUGGCACCAACUGAGCAUUUGAAGAUGAUGCGAUUGCUGUUCCUGUGUCUGCUGCUGCUGCCAGCCGCUACUGCUGGUUCAGAAGAGAAAGAAGGAUCAGCUGAUGAUGAUAUCGAUGAUGAGGAUCUUUAUGGUAAAACUGGUGCAGGGUUUCCAGAUGUUCACAGCAAACGUGCUCAAGGUCCGACCUUUGUAGAUAAAACUACAGGUGAAGAAGAAAAGUCAGAUCAGCUCACCCUGAUCAUUAUCGUUGUAGCUGUGGCCGUGGUGGCUCUUUCAGUUGCAGCGAUAGUCACCAUAAUGUUAGUAAGACGCCGCAUGCACAGUCGACAGCAAGGGGUCUACUCCGUGCCUACAGAGCAGGACCAGAAAGGGGCCGUCUAGUUCCUGGUGGAGCCGCACUUUCUAAAACACACAGGAAAGAGAGGAGCAAUGCACUGGGCUGUGUCAUCUCCUACUCUUUGACUCAGGACAGUUAGACUUCUUUGCACAACAGCCUGCUUAUCACCGUUCAGUUUAUUGCUCGCUUCUACACAAGCUCCUAUUGAUGAAUAUGCAAUAUGUGUUUUUUUUAACUGUUGUAUAUGUUUGUCUUUGUCCCAGCCAUUUAUACUCCACAUACACAUAAUUUAGCCUGGGACAUUUGGAACACAUUCAAACCUUCUAAUUGGAUUCUAUUUGAGGAAUCUAAAUCAAAGCCAGUGAAUAUGGCUUAAAGCUUCUUUUGUUAAAAGGGAUAAUUUAGCACAGCCAGAGCCCCCCCCCCCCUUUUUUUUUUCCUACCUGAAACAAGAAAUGAUUCCCACCAGCUAUGCAGUGAAACUGAAUUUGCAUUUGAUUUGGUGUAUGUGGAACAGACCUGUCGGUGUGAAAUGGUGGUUGAGUGAGACAAACCAUGCUAAUCCACACUAAGCCAGCCCAGUGCUCACUUCGUUCUCCUAUUCACUUGUCUGACAUCUUCUGUUCCCGGCCCAUUAGGAGUGACAGGAGGCAGUGCAAUAGGAAGAUAAAAACCUGUCCCCCCUCUUCUCAACUUCAGUAAAAAAAAAAAAAAAAAACAAGUGGAAAUAGCCAGUGUGAACACCGUCUUGCAAGGCAGCAAAUUAAUCGACCGCCAUGAAUGAUGAUGUUUUCUUUUCCACCUCUCUUUUUCGUUUUGAAAGGCUUUCACUUCAGUCGUGCAGAUUGUAAAUAGCCCUGUGAAUGUUGAGAGUUAGAUUAAUGCCUCACACACUGGUAGAGAGAAGCAGGGUGUGAGGGAGGGAUAAAAUCUCACGAAUCAAAUAAAGUGUUGGGCAUGAUUGGGGAAAUACCAGCUAUUCCUUUGUUUAUACAAAGCAUGAUGGCUUCUCUGUUUUCAUUUAAAUGAAAAUCAAUCAUGCUCUGUGAAGGAAAGCUUUCUGUCCAAGAACCCACGGCUCCGGUUGCCUUAUUUGCUCUGAUACAGAGAGGGGAACUUUCCCUGGGGAAGGGGACAUAUCCCUGUUUGACAUGUCAGUUUUUCAUUUGUGGCUUCAUGAGGAGCACUUAUUAUGGAGUCAGCAAUGCUGAGAAUGGUUAAACACUGGCUCCAAUCCAGGCAGUUAUAUCUUAAUCAGAGUGUGCAGUGACUACAGGUCUGUGCCGAAGUGCCUUAAAAAGGAUGCAUCCCAGGUUAUUUUAACAAUGACAAGCAGAUUGGCAGAUGUGAUUAUUGUUAGUGCAUUUGUUUUACUGUUCAUAUUUGAGCUCUGUGUGUACAGUGUGUUAUUUCUCAAAAGCGUAGCAUUGCGAAAUAAGCCUGAAAUAGGUGCCAGCAUUUCAAAGGCAGGACAAUUGGACAAAAAUUGCAGCAUCAAACAUUUCAGUUUUUUUUUUUUUUUAUGUUUGUGUAGUCUAUCUCUUCAUAUUUACUCAUAUUCCCUUUACAUUUACUCUCAUUUCCAUCAAACAAACCACAGCGCAACAACAUUUGAAUGUAGCAGUCUCUUCUUUGAAUGCUUUUCCUCAGAUGGAGAAAGCAAGGAGACUUGUGUAAAAACCCAAAAAGAAAUACAGUAUUUAGUCCAGUCUGCCCCACACACGCAACCAAAAAAUAUUCUCUGUAAUUUACUUGUAACACCUCUAUGCUGUGACACUACUCAUGUAAAUCUACUGUAACAAAUGUAACUACUGAGCUUUGUUUCUAUCUCAGUUUUAUGUAUGUGGAAAAGGUUUUUGCUUUUUCAUAAUGGCUUAUACUUUUUCUGUCAGUGUCCAUAUGCAAUUAUUCUAGCUUUUAAUGUAAUAUAUAAUAAUAUAUUGUGUGUAUUUACAAAUUUUCUGAGCUAUGCAUUUCUAUUGUGUCUCUUGAUGGAAAAUAUCUUUGGAUAACUGGUCUUUUUUAUAUACUUGUCGAGAUUAAAGGGCAAUGUCUUCUCUCCACUGUUCAUUUAUAAAUUGUGUGUAUAAAAGUUGUGGUGGAUGGGAGUAUUAUUUGAGUUUAAUAAUUGUAUUAUUUAGUGUCAUAUUUCAGCAAAAAAGUUUGAAUUUGGUCUUAAUGUUAAAUACGUAUGUUUAUAUGCACCUAUGUAUGCAGAUUAACCCAUAUGUAUUAUUUUUGCUAAGGACAUUCCUUCAUGGUGGUUUUUCUCUAUAUAAUAAUUUACAGUACUGUGUGUAAUUCAUGACCUUAUAAAAUAUCACAAGAAAACUAUUGCACCUGGGAACUGUAUCAAGAAUUGAUUGUGUUUGCACAGCUGUGGUUGUUCUGAUAGCAAGUAGAACAUUGAAUACUAUAUUAUGUACCUAUGCUGAACUUUGGAUUGUGUUCAUUUUUCCCAUUAAAUCUGUUAUAAAAAUUUG